AUGAUCAUUAUAAAGAAGACUUUGGCUCUUCUAGCACAGCCUUCACCACAGAACAGCCAUGUUCUUCUCCUCAGCUUUUGGGGUCAGAGCAGCCAGUGGGGAAGAAAAGAGAGGAAUUUUCAUAAGUCAUCCGUGCAAAAUAGUGUUGGGGAAACCUUAUGGGUGCACAGAGAUCCUCCUGAAAAUAACCCAGAUCACCCAUUUGAUAUCACACCAGAAAGCUAUAAGAGAAUAGAAGCAAUUGGAAAGAAUGAUCCAGAAGGACGCAAGGCUGCAGCUGUGCAUCCGAUAGUCCUGGAUUUAGCCCAAAGGUCAAAUGGGUGGCUGCCCAUCUCUGCUGUGAACAAGGCUGCACACAGUAUACAAGUACCUCCAAUGGGAGUAUAUUAAGUUGUAACUUUUUAUAUGAUGUGUAAUCAAAAGCCAAUCGGAAAAUGCCACAUUCAGGUCCACACCUCCACACACUGCAUGCUUCAUAACUCUAACUGCAUAUGGGAUGCCUUCCAGAAAAUGCCUGGACUAAAGGCUGGGGAAACAACACUCCAGCUUCUUUGCACUGUUACAAAGGUGGGAGGUUUCGGGGCUUGUGUAAAUACACCAAUGGUUCAAACAAAUGACACCUAUUAUGAAGUUCUGAUACCUAAAGGUGGUAAAGACAUUAUUGAUGACCUCAAAGCUGGCAAAGUUCCAAACCCUGGGCCAAGGAAUGGACACUUGCUUUGUGAGCCAGCUGGAGGUCUUACUUCCAUUUGA